GUGACUGUCCCGGUACCUGUACAAAGACAAGGCUGGACUGGCGGGAAGCACGUAAGAAUACUGCCGGUGGUGCACGAAAUUUGUAUGUUCUGUAUACGAAUAAGAGAUCAAUGAUGUGGCGGAAGGAAGCUACCAUGAGAAGGUGACGCAGCAGUGAUUAGGAGAUAUGUCAAUAACCCCUCCUGCAACCCCUCCACCAGGGGUUGAGGAGGGUGGUGAGAGCCUCUUAGAUGGUCUGGAAGGUGACAGUGAGGACUUCCUUGCCUUCAUACUUGCAGAUCCUGGCCCAAACCUUGAGCAAGAAGAAGUCAGUAAUCACAAGGAGCACAAGGAAGAACCAGAGGGAUUCACCUGUGAGGGGGGAGGUGUACUGGGAGGCAGAUGUGGGAAAAGAGUCAUGUCUUGGUAGGGGUGUGUUGACCAGGGCUCCUGCAACGCCUCGACCCUGCUCCCAUUUCUUGCUCCACACCACCUAAAUCUGUCUUCCCACUUGCCCUGUACACCCUGAUAAUCUUCAGCUUCACCUUGUCACACUUCUUCUCAGCACUCAGGCAGUGUGUGGUGGAGCUAGAGAAAGGGGCCCAGUCCAGCUUCUCCCUCCAUCACUUCCCUGGCACCUCCACCCAUGCUACCCCAUACCCAGGGCUGCGGCAGGAGUCGUCCACCUUCCUUGCUGCUCUUGCCUCAUAUGUCUAUGGUUUGGGACCAGGUGAAGAGGCCUUUCUGGUACAAGUGAUGCAGGAGGUAGUGCAGACGCUUGUGUUUGUUGGCCCUUUACAUGACAUGCCACACCAUGUCAUCACAGCUGCCUCUGCACAGGGCAACAAGUGUCCGUCAGCCUCAUACCACUUGCUGCACCUCCACCUGGAUGUGCGGUGGUGGAGUCUGGUUCUCCUCCACAUGGCAGAGCUCACCUUAGGUCCCAUGGUUCCCUCUCUUCCUCCACUGCUGCAGGAACCCCUCGGCCACAUCAGAUUGCUGGGGACAUUGGAAAGGAGACCCAGCCAUCACCCAUUCAGCAGUGCAUCUCCAUGGUGAUGUGGGACCUGGUCACUCUCAUGAGUUGUCGAGGCAGCAGCUUCAAGAAAGGUGUGAGUGAGCUGCACCAGGAGGCAGGAUUUUCAUGCAGCUGUGGCCUUGAGUUAGCAGUAAUGCUGUUGCAUUUCCUGGAGUAUCGACAUGCCUGUCUCGCCCAGCAGACAUUUUGGGAGGAAGUGAAGGACAAGCUGUUAGUGCUGCUGAAGACUGUGAGUGAGUCUUCCUCCUCCUCUUCAACCUCCUCUGGUCCCAUCACUCCUCCUGGCCCAAGCACUCUCCUCUACCCACCACCACUUGUCUCCCUGCUGCAGCUGCCUCAUGUCUGGUGGCUCUUCCUGACCUUCACAAAGCUCCACACUUAUGACAAUGAAGGCAAGAAGGUGGCCCGUAGAGUGGAAGUGAAAAGUGAGGUCAAGCUGCUUCGCACAUUGCUGCGCCUAAGUCUUGGGGACCCUCGCAGUGGCAACCAACCCACAGAGGCUGAGCUGCGUUUCUUUAUCCGGUGCUGUCUGGGGGUGCUGGAGGUGUGGGGGGGCAGUCGCAGCAGUGAGUGGGCAGCACCAUUAUGGGAUCAUAUGGCCAAGCAUCUUGACUCUCCUUUCCUUCUUCCUGGAGCAGGACUCGAAGGACUGGCAUGCAUGAGCAAGACAAUAGGAGGAUGGUUGGAGCAGGUCAGGUCACGUGUGUGUGACCCAGCAGCCGUAGGGAAAACAGAGACAUCAUGGCAGAUAUUUCUCAGAAUUGUUGUGGGUGUAGUGAAGAGUGGACCCCUGGAAUGGCGACAGAUGAGGGGACGCAUCUACUCCAAAUUUCACGGCCGCAAGAUGUCUGAACUGACCCCCACUGGCCUGCACAACACAGUCUCUCUUUUCCUUACCUUGGCUGCAUCUGCUACAGACACACUUGAUGUCGUCAAUAAGCUUAGUGAGCUGCUGAGUCUUGUGCCGACCUCCAGCACUAGCAAGUCACGGAUGGUGUGGCGUGGCCUCCUGACAGGAGCACUGCUGCUGGUGGAAAAGGGUUGUGAGGUCACCCCACUGGCAGAGCGGCUCUCUCCCCUUGUCACUGCUGUGUGUCACCAGCUUACUACUUCUAGGGACCCCCAGCAGAGGAGGGAGUUGGGGCAGCUGCUGAUUUCAUAUGCUGAAGGUUUGCAGGAAGUGUUUGAGCACAGCCACGACCUCAGUCUGGCUCAGCACUCUCUCAUCUGUGAAGCUGUGGGUGGUGUGCUGCCUCAUGCUACAGCAGCUGAGAUCAAGGUCACUGUAGGGGCCAUGGAUGCAGCGCUGGCCAAGGUGAUGACCCUCUCAGCCCGGCCAGAAAAUAUCACUGCUGGCAUGGUAGGAGCAGCUGUGGUGGAGGCUGUGUGGAAGGAGUUUGGCCCCUCUUUGAAGUCACUUUCUACCACUUCAGCUCCUCCCCAGCCUGUGGCUUCUUUAGCAGCCUCACUUACCCUCUGUCUGGUCAGAGUCCUUGGUCAGGUGGCCACUCACAAAGAAGCUGCUUCUGGCCUCUUCCACUAUUUCCUGACCCAUGAAGGUGUAAGUACAGGGUGCAGCCUUCACUAUGCCUCAUGUCUGCUGAGUCACCCAGGCAGCCUGACAGUGCUGUCCAACCUCUCCCCAGGACAUGAAAGAACACUUGUGUCUGGUUGGCUGUGUGGUCUUGUUGGGGUUGGGGAUGAGGAUGAGGUUGUGGAUACCCUCACACCACAGAUAUUGAGGCUUCCUAGUGUGGUGGGGGUUCUACCUCCGAGCCACCCAACUGAUCCCUUUGCUGUUGCCAUUUGCUUCAUUAAGGGAGUGGCAGCCAAGUUUGCCAGCAUUGAGACCUUUGCUGACAGGAUAGCAUACCGAGAGGAUGUGCUACAGUGCUUCUCUGGGCUGGAUAAGGCUGUUGGGGGUCUGCUCAGGAAGAGUCCACCUGCCACUCACUUGCCUCAAGCACUGAUCCUCAUUGCAAACCUUUUCUUCCAUGCUCACUCUGUCAUCUACAUCAAGUCUAGACCCACAUGUCCCAUGGCCACACUGCUGAACACAGUCCUGUUGCCAACACCCAUUUACUCACCUGAGAAGCCUCUUUCUGCAGCAUUCACUUCAAGUAUUUCAUCUGUCCUUCCACAGAUGGUGUGUGGAAUUGGAUGCCUUGGACUGACACAGGAUGCUUACCUAUUACGCUGUGUGAGGGACAUCUUCACCCACUACCUCCACCGUUUCCCAGUCAAAACCAUACGCAACUACACCACAACAUUCCACCCCUUUCUGGCAACCCUCCAUGGGGAGGUGAGACUGCCAGUGCUAGAGGAACUGCGCAAGGUGUUCUUAGAGGUGGUGCGUGACAAUUAUCUGGCACGCCGCAAUAUCUCGCCUCUGCACCUGCAGGUGGCCCUAUCUCUCUUGACUGAAUUGUUGCAGCGGAAUACAAUGGAUUGGCUGGAAAUAUUGUCCUGUUCCUUAUUACUUCCUCUACUGGAGCUCCUCUUGACACUAGAAGAGCAAACUACCAAGAGGCUGGCCACAGAUCUCCUUCAGAAGGUGCUGCAGGAAGCAGAAGACCAAGGGGUACCAUCCAGGAGGGUUCUGGUAGACCAGCUACGGGAGCUGGUAGGAAGGCACAUGUCCUGGAGCUCUGGGCGGCUGUUCCGGGUACUACGAGUGGUUGCUGUGCUCCAUAGACCACUGCUCCUGGAAGCCCUUCCUCACGUGACGCGGGCAGUCACUCGCACUGAAGAGAAGCGUGGCACUGGCCUUGACCAUACCCUCAGGCAGGGUUAUCAGGCUCUUCUCUCCAGCCUGGGCAUGACUACACCAGGAGAAACAGUGCAGCAGGAGUAGAAAGCAACAUAUUGUGGAAGAUCACAACAUAUUGGAGGAUCCUGUUUUAGGGCACCUCCACUUGGGAUGGGUUUUGUAAUUAUCUUCUUUCCCUGUCCCUUUUACCUUAUCAGCCAUUGAAUAUGCCUCAUCUGAGUUGGGCAAGGAGGCUUAGAUGACAAUAGAGUGAAAUGCAUCCUACCUACUUCGCACAGCACAGAAUAUGAAGUGUAUUUUGCCCACAUCAGGCACCAGCAUAAUGAAAUGUCUCAUUGAACCAGUUGCAUCUUCACUGUUGAAGUAGGUAGUCUUAUUAAUUCUUGCCCAUAAUAAAGGAUAACAACACUAAACAUUGAGAUGAGUUGGAAGUAGAGCUAGGGUGAGAUGGAGAAAAGAAAUAGGUAAUGGCCUCCUUCAACACCCAAACAACUGGGUUGUCUCCUUCAGAAAUUACUCCUUGCUGGUGUGAUGUAGGCAGACUGUAUUGGUGCAUUCUGUACCACAUCUAGGUUGAGGAAGCACUUCAUACUGUCAGUUUGUCAGCCCCCUCAGCCAGGAAACUUCAAUAAUGAGUACUGUAACAGAAUCAGUGUACAUACUGUAAUAUAGAUAGGUAGGAAGAAACUUGUACAUUAUCUACUAGUGAAAAUAUACUUGACUUUUUUUUAAGAAAAA